AUGAGCACGAAAGAAAGGGAGAAAUUUUUUGCAGCUUACUGCCUCGAUUCGUCGAGUCUAUCAACCGACCUCUCAGCAGCAACCACUUCGAAUAACACCUCAUCGGCGCUAUCGCUGUCAUGCUCAUCGUCUGGGGUCGGUGGUAUAUCGCCACUGCUAAUCGCAAGACCAACCCAACCGAAACUCAGUCGCAAACGAAGUCGACUGAGUCUUGAUUCCACAAAUACUACGGAUGAUAACGAGAGUGAAGAUGGAGACAGCCAGAAUGCAUCUCGAAAAGAGAAAUCACUCGGUCUUUUAUGUCAAAAAUUUUUAAUAGCAAUGGGUGAAGAAGCUCAAAGUGGUUCGGAUGUUCAUUUGGAAACUGUUGCGAAAAAGAUGACCGUUGAAAAACGUCGUAUUUACGAUAUUGUGAACGUAAUGGAAGCGUUGGAAGCGAUGAGUAAAACGAAUAAAAGUUUUUAUCGAUGGCAUGGUCUGGACGAGUUACCGCAGUUAAUGGCUUUACUUCAGCAACAAGCUCUUAGUGAAGGUCUACCAGAGCGUAUACAUCGAGUGGAACGUGCUAUGUGCAGUUUCACAGAGCUUUCACCCGCUUCUAAACGGUCAGGUGCUGAUAUUGUAGGAACGCUUGUGUCAAACAAGACAACACUUAACGAUAGUGGAUGUUACUUUGGUGUUGGUUUAUCAUCCAACAAUAAUAAUAAUAAUGAGGAAGACUGUGACUCUGAAAAUGAUCCAAGAUUGGAAUCCCUUUCAAAAGCAGCUCAAAAAAGUGAGAAUCGAGUUCUGAUCAAAAAAUUCGGAAGUGAAAAUAAUUUGUCGAAUCCAACUUCAACAAGCACCAAAAAUUCUCAACAAAUUACACGCGAUCGUAACGCCAAAAAUUCUUUAGCCCAACUAUGUCGACGUUUUUUAAUGGUGCUUUUGUGCAAUCCGAAGGAUCGUCGACGUGUAAGUUUGGAUGUUGCAAGUACUGUGCUUAUUAAAGAUGCUGAUAGUGAGGGUUUCGAACCACCAAGUCGAAGUCGAUGUCGUCGCUUAUACGAUAUAGCGAAUGUUUUGGUUGCGAUGGGUAUCAUCAAGAAAGUUCAUUAUUUAUUUGGUACAAAGAAAAUUCCACUUUUUGUUUACUGCGGGCCAGAACCAGACGGCGAGUUUUCAGCAAAUAAUAUUCAUUAUUUUCUUACUAAAUUUGUUUUGAACUCAACGAAGAACCAACAGCGGCAACAAUCCGCUGCGAAUCAAGUUGAAAUUGCACGGCAAAAGUGCGACUUUGACAUUUUGGUGGCUGCAUCAGAACAAGAACGACGUCGCCUUCAAGAAGCGAUCAGUUUUGGCGUUGCCACUUCAUCGUCGAAGGGCUGCCUCGCUAAACGUGGACCUAGCCAAAGUCGAGAUCUGAAAUCAUCAGAAAUUUCUCAUUCAAUAUUGCAGUCAUCCUCCUCAUCUCCCGUCUCGGCCAGCCGAUCUCAAAUAUCCUUUAGUGAUUCGGAAAUGAUCAACGAUGAGAAUAUCCCUCCUCUGAUUGGUUUUGCUGCUUCCCACACAAAUCUAAUGUUAUCACCAAAAUCAACAGCCAGCGGUGUCGUGCCGUUGGUCCGUACACCAUCAGGCGCCAUUCUUGUCAAGCCAAAAGCUCAGGAAGGUGGAGCGUCAGCAUCACAAUCUGCACUAGCAGCAUCUGCAGUAAUCCAUCGCCCAGACUCUGUGAUGUCAUCAGCUAUAUCCACGAGAUCUCCAUUCAUCGCGUUCAAUCCUAUCCAACCUAAUUCAUCUGGAUUUCAUUCCCAGAUCCACCCAUCUGCCAUCCAUCAUCAAAUCCAACACACGGCUGCAGCCGCUGCAUAUUCAAUGAGUGCCAUCCUGGGCACAGUGAAUAGAGUGCCACCAAACGCAGCCACGAUGCCUCAAUGUCAUUAUCGUAUACUCUCGUCACCAUUCCAUCAACCACAGCAUAAUGACAUACUCAAACCUCUUCAAACGAUCACAGCAUUCGAGUAA